AUGCUACCUCAAUCUCACCCCACCCUUCGAAAAGGCAUGCGGAAAGGAACACAUAAUUGUCACGAAUGUCGGAAACGAAAAGUUCGAUGUAUCUUCACAAAAGAAUCGACUAUAUGUGGGAAUUGUGAAUUGAAAGGUCCAAGAUGUACUGAGCGGAGAAGAGAAUUGAUUCAAGCAGGAAAUGUUGAUACGAGAGAGAGUCUUAGAGAGAAGAUCAAGAGACUUGAAGCACUUAUUGAAGAUUAUGGUAGGAAGAGUAGUAGUAGUACCUCUAAUGAGAAUUGGGGGGCGAAACUAACACCACCAUCUACUCCUUCAUCACUUGAGGCUUUAGCUUCAGUUGAUAAAACUCCCUCUCAAGAUAUCGAUCCCAUCGUAACACUUUUCCAAAACGCUAUCUGGAGAAGUCAAGGUUCUGAUUUGAUUCCCCAACGCAUUUCUAAGCUUUACAAAGCUGAAAAUCCAGCAACUGCGAAGAAACGUAUUCGGACCUGCGAAUCAUUGCUUUCUGGUCUUAUUCCCCCAGUAUUCCGUGAAAUAGUGGUCAACGCGACAUGUUCAUGGUGGUAUACAUGGCGACCACUCGGUUCUAUACUUCUAUCUUCAACCGGAAAUGCGAAUUCAACGCUUCCAGAUUUUAUACUCUGGGCCCUUGAAUCACCUGAUCCAUCGAUCAUUGGUAUAGUAAUCCUCUGUAUUGCAGUUUGUCUUCAACAAUUAGAGACCAGAAUUCAUCAGUAUAUUAUUCGUCAGCUUCCUUCCUUACCCGGUACACUGUUUCAGGAAUACUUUGAAAAAGUAGAUAGGCUCAUUAUAAAUGAUGGGGAUUAUACGAGUACAAAAGAGAGUAUUGAAACAAUUGUUUUUGCAGCCAAGAUUUAUAUGAAUUUAGGGCUCAACAGGAAAUGCUGGAUUUUAACGCACCAAGCAAUAUCCUAUAGCCAACUUCUCAAUCUCCACCGUCCACAUCCUUCUACUGACAAGAAUUCCCUGGAAAGAAACCAAAGAAUACAAUCUUGGCUUUCAUUAUGCGCAGGAGAUGUAUAUCUCUCACUUCUUCUCAGACUUCCUUAUGCUGCAGAUGGUCGUACCAUUCUUACAACUUACAAUCAAGAAAGCCCCACCGCCCAAUUCCACCACAAUCUGAUAAUCCUUUCUUCCAAGGUAAUCGAUCGAAACCAACGCAGUCUCCACCUCUCCAUUCUCCACACUCAAAAGAUCCAAACCUCUCUACACAGCACAACCCAAACCCUCCCCCCCUCAUUCUGGGACCCACAGACCUCCCUCUCCCAGAACAAAAUCUCCCGCCCAGAAUACCUCGAACAAGUCGCCGCCCAAUCCUGGUACUACCACCUCCUCGUCCUCCUCCACAUGCCUCUCAUGCUGCAAUCCGUCCUCGAUCCCACCCUCGAAACCCACCGCACGCAAUGUCUCGCCGCCGCACGAAAUCUCCUCCGCAUCUGGCACAUCAUGCGCUCGGAUAUGCACAGCGCAUUCGAGAUGUUAAAACUCAUCGACUACCAAUCAUUCGUCUGUUCUACACUCUUAAUUCUAAGCAUGCUCGGCUACGGUAGCUGCGAGAAUGGAGGAAGAGAUGAAAAUGAAAAUGAAAAUGAACAUAACGAUCGAGAAUUACUCGCACGCACCAUCGUAACGCUCGCGCAGGCAUGCACUUCGCUUGGGAAUUUGGUCGUCAAACAAGCGGUGCAAGGAUUAGAAAGCUUGCUGCAGAUGGGGAGGGGAAAUUGUCCGAGGAAGCAGAAAGGGAGGAUGAGUGAGGGUGAGGAUUCAUCUCUGGGAAAUCCGUACGCGAAAAUCGUGGUGCCAUAUGUAGGUGUGAUUACGAUAUCACCGGGGGAGUAUUACAGUGCUAUUAAAGAUGCGGUCGAUGAGGGUGCGGAAGCACAAUUGCGAACGGCAAUGCAUACUCAAAGCCAAAAUCAAACUCAAAGUCACAGUGCACCAUUUUCAUUUUCGCUAGAGAGUGAUCAUAAUCAUACUCAUGAUCAUAAUCAUGAGGAAUCAUAUCAUGAUAAUACAAACACGCGAUAUGAAAAUACUGGCGCGCUUGGAGAAGCGAGAGAAGUACCGGUCGAUACAGAGGGACAGAGACAGACACAGAUGGAAUGGACAUCGAUUGAUUUUUAUUGGGCGAGUAAUUUUACGGCGGGGUUUGAAGAUGAUUGGGCGUGGUUGAAUGGGUUGGGGGGUUGA